CUGUCCGGAGGCACAUUGGGAAUCCUGAGUAUCUGACUAAAAGAAUACCACAAAACCCAAGGUAUCAGCAUAUCAAGUCAAGACUGGAUACUGCGAGCAAUUCAGAGUUAAUCACAAGAAAUCAAGAAUUGCGUGGUGUCUCCAGCCUUCGCCCACAUCACCUCCCAAGCUCUUCAAAGACUGCCGUCUUCCUCCUGGGUGCCUGGGUGUAUCUUACCAGCUCCCAAGCAUUGCCCGACUGUGCCAUGAAUGGAUUGUGCUUCCGAUGAAAUCCCUGCCGGCGUUUUGUUCGGUCUCCACCGCAGGGCUCUUGUGUAUUCUCAAGCACCCUCUGUAACAGCAUGACUAAAUACACUGAGAAGCUAGAAGAGAUCAAAAAAAAUUAUAGGUACAAAAAAGAUGAGCUUUUCAAGAGACUGAAAGUUACAACUUUUGCCCAGCUGGUCAUCCAAGUGGCUUCCCUAUCUGAUCAAACGCUGGAAGUGACAGCUGAAGAGAUUCAAAGGCUAGAAGACAAUGAUUCUGCGACUCCGGAGCCCGAUGGGGAAGUCGGUGCCAGGACCAACGGGAAGGGGAGCCCCGGGGAGCAGUUUCCAAGCCCCGUCCAGUUCGUAAACAGCGUGGGAGCGGGGGACUCCAGCCGCUCGACUCUGCAGAGCGUCAUCAGCGGUGUUGGGGAACUGGAUCUAGACAAAGGGCUAGUGAAGAAAGCAGAGCCCAACACCAAAGACCGACCUUAUCCCGACUGCCCCUUCCUGCUGCUAGAUGUGCGAGACAGAGAUUCUUACCAGCAGUGCCACGUUGUCGGAGCUUACAGUUACCCAAUCGCAACUCUGUCUAGAACAAUGAACCCUUAUUCAAAUGACAUUCUUGAAUAUAAAAAUGCUCACGGCAAGAUCAUCAUUCUGUACGACGACGACGAGAGGCUGGCCAGCCAGGCGGCCACCACCAUGUGCGAGCGGGGAUUUGAAAACCUUUUCAUGCUUUCCGGAGGUCUAAAAGUCUUAGCCCAGAAAUUCCCAGAAGGACUGAUGACCGGUUCCCUGCCAGCAUCUUGCCAGCAGGCCCUUCCUUCUGGCUCUGCCCGGAAACGAUCCAGCCCCAAGGUGCCGCCUCUACCAGCUGAGAAUAAAUGGCGAUUUACCCCAGAAGACUUAAAAAAGAUAGAAUAUUACCUGGAAGAGGAGCAGGGUCCCACGGACAAUCCUAGCCGCCUGAGCCAAGCUAAUGCCUCCGGAAGAGACUCCAAGGGCCCAGGAGCCCGCAGCGGCCAGAACCUGCCCGCCGGGGGCCCUGGCGGCCCCCCGAACUCCCGCUCGCUCAGCAGUGGCCACCUGCAAGGCAAACCCUGGAAGUAAAGACUGUGUGUGUCUUAGUCAAAUAAAUACUCUGUCUCCUUUCGGAACCCCUGA